AUGGAGCAAAACACGAAACGCUCGAAAACGAUCUCGACGGGUAUGCAAAGGAAUGACUUAAAUUACGCGCAGCAAGUGACCCGUAUCAUUUUACGAAUGAUCGGCGUGUGGCCAAUUUCUAAAACCGCAUCUAACGCGGAGAGACUUGCGAUUCGCUUACUAAACGUCUCUUGUUACCUGCUGUUCGCGUUUAUACUGGUGCCGGGUUUGCUACUGGUGUUCCUAAAGGAACGCGACUUGAAGAGGAGGGUGAGACUGUUGGGGCCGCUGCUGAAUUGUUGGAUGAGUUGCUUGAAGUACACUCUACUUGUGUAUCACGAGAAGCAGAUCCGGAUCUGUCUGGAACAGAUGCGACAGGAUUGGCGGGAUAUCGUCGAUGGGAAUGAUCGGAAAGUAAUGUUGUCUAAGGCGAGAAUGGGCCGGAAACUCGCGAUUUUCUCAGCCGCCUUCAUGUAUAUCGGUGGAUUGUCUUACCGUACGCUUAUGCCGCUCUCGAAAGGACGAAUGUUGACGCCGAUGAACAUCACGGUGAGAGCGUUGGCCUGUCCGAGCUAUUUCGUCAAGUUCGACGAACAGGCCUCGCCAGCAUACGAGAUCGUCUUUACCCUGCAAUUUUUCGCAGGACUGAUCACCUAUUCGGUGACGUGCGGCGCGGCCGGAUUAGCCGCCUUCUUCAUUAUGCAUGUUUGCGGACAGCUGGCUGUUUUAACCGGCAAAUUUCAACGUCUCAACGACAUUUCGGUGCCGGAGGACCGUGCCGUCGCGACGUUGUUGGCCGAUAUUGUGGAACAUCAAGUAAAAGUGAAGAGUUUUUUGAAACAAGUAGAGGAUGCUAUGCGAUAUAUAUGGUUAGUCGAAAUAGUUGGAUCUACUUUACUUCUAUGUCUCGUGGGAUACUAUAUCAUUAUGGAAUGGGAGAGUAGCGACUCUACGGCCACAUUAACUUUGUCCGUGAUGCUUACAUCUUUUACUUUUUCCAUUUUUACUGUCUGUUACGUCGGUCAACUUCUAACGGAUCAGAGCCUCGAGGUUGGGUUGAUGACAUCCACGACAAACUGGUAUCGUCUUCCGUAUAUGAGGGCUCGCUCUCUAAUUUUGAUAAUGGCGAUUUCCAAUAUUCCAGAGAAAAUUUCGGCGGGCAAACUUAUAGAGAUGUCUUUGCCCACGUUUGGUAACGUAAGUAUAGAAGUCUGUCAUUCACGUCUGUCACCGGGGAAUUAA